CGACCACUAAAGCGUGCGGUUGAAGACGCGGCUAAACGCGGUUUAAAUAAUUUGGUGCAACUACAACUUGUGCAAAUUGUCACUUCAGUGCGUUUGUUAAAUAUAUGUAUUGCAAAUUUUACUAAUUAAAAAAAAAAAAAAUCAAGCAAAUACAAAUUACAAUUACAACAAUAAGUGUACGCGCACAGAUUAAUUUUGAAUGAUUGUGAAAAGAAAACGUGUAAACGCGGCGUGUUAAAACAAGAAGUGACGAAUAAGAAGAAAAAAGUGCAAAAAAACAAUCACAAAAAUAAGAAAGGAAACGUGCGUGAAACAAAAAAUUGAAGAGCAACAUUCGAAUAAUCGAACUUACACAGCAAUAUGCCGGCCUUAAAGGCCAAGCAGCAGCAAAAGCAACAGCAACAACUACAAGCACAGCAGCAGCAGCACGCCAGUUAUAAGCCAACACCACAACAGCCACAACGACGACAAGCACAACAACUGCUGCCAGCUGCAAAGCAACAGCAGCACGCAGCCAAGAACUGGUUCUUACCAACGAAAGCAAGAACAACACAAACCACAACAACAGCAACAAAAAUUACAAAGAUGCAAAGCAAUAAUAGCAAAACGCCGCGCAUCAACGCUGACACCAACAAUAAACGCGACGGUGGGCUUGCCAUUUGUUGUCGCAACAACAAACGGUCUUCGCUCACCAUCGCGCUGCUGUUGCUCGUCUGCACCUUAGCGGUGUUAAGCGGCAAUAGUUGUAGCGUUGCUGCAGCCGGCAGUAAUGGCAAUAGCGGUGCUGGCGCUGGCAUCGGUGGUGGUGGUGGUGGUGGUGGUGUUGGUGCGUCCGUGCGUACCGGCGCCGGUAAUCCACGCUUGCCGCGCACGAGCGCCAGCCAGCUAAAUAGCGGUAGUAAUGGUGGCCUCGGACUGGGCGGCGGCGGUGGUGCAGGUGGUGGUGUCGGCGGCAGUGGCGGCAGCAGCAGCUUCAAAUUGGCCGCAAAAACAUUGAACAACACACGCAACGGAAAUUUGCGAACAAG